UAAAUAAAGUUUUGUUUAGAAGAGAAAAAAAACUCAGUUCCCCAGUAUCAGCCGCAGCAACGGGAUCGCUUGAUACAGCAUAGUGCCAGCAUGGCCGGGGAUUUGCGACAGGAGCUGCUCGCCUACCUGCAGGAGCUGGGCAUUCAGCCCGUGUGUGUGGAGCACCCUGAGGUAUUUACAGUGGAGGAGAUGAUGCCCCACGUGCAGCACCUAAAAGGAGCACACAGCAAGAACCUGUUCUUGAAGGACAAGAAAAAGAAAGGCUUCUGGCUGGUGACGGUGCUCCAUGACAGACAGGUGAAUCUCAAUGACCUGGCCAAAAAGCUAAAUGUUGGCAGCGGGAACCUCAGGUUUGCGGAUGAGGCCUCAAUGCUGGAAAAGCUGAAAGUCGGCCAAGGGUGCGCCACCCCACUCGCCCUCUUUUGCGACAAGGGAGAUGUGAAGUUUGUGCUGGAUGCCCAGCUUUUGGAAGGAGGGCACGAGCGGGUAUAUUUCCAUCCCAUGACUAAUGCAGCCACCUUGGGCAUAACGCCAGAAGAAUUUGUCACUUUUCUGAAAAAAACUGGACACGACCCUGUAAUUGUUCAAUUUGAUGGAUAACCGAGAGUUAGUGACUUGUAUAAACUACCCAAAACUGAAUAUAGGUGUGCAGAGCCAGAAGGUCUGGACUGGAGCUUCCAUGCCAAGUUCCAAACGCUCCUUUGCUUAAAGGGACAGUUUACCCCACCUUUCCAACAUAGGUGUUCUGAAUAGGGUUUGUGCAGAACAUACCUUUUGCCUAUUGUUUAAUAAUUAGGAAAUAUAUUUAUUUUUUUAUUUCUUGAACUAGACAGGGCAAAUGUGAAACUGAAACUAAAGCCACAUUCUACUUUCGAAGAGCAAAGUCAAACAAACUAGAAGCCCACUAAGAAGCCUCUUUUAAGAUAAAUAGCAGCUUAUUUUUAAAGAUGACAGACUGUAGCUGGGGAAGACAGGUUUAUACAUACAGAGGCUUCUCAGUGGGCUUCUGGUUUGUUUGACUUUGGAAUCAGGAAAUAAAAUCUGGCUAAAGAACAGGCAAAGAGUAUGUUCAGUACAAGCCUUAUUAGUCAUUGCACCAGUUUUGAAAAAGGGUUAUACUAAAGGUCCCCAUACACGGGCCGAUUGUAGCUGCCGAUAACGGUCCCUUGAACAGGGUUCUGUUAAUAAAUAUAAUCCAUUUCCAAAGUU